AUGACAGCAUCAGAGAAACAAGAUGCAGUCGAGCACCUCGAGCACGGGAAAGAAGCACGUCUACCGGCCGUGGACGCAGACUUUGAUGUGAACGACGAAAAAGCCAACAAGCGGCUCAACCGCCGCCUCGACAUACGCAUCAUCCCGCUUUGCUGCUGGGUCUAUCUGCUCAACUUUCUGGACAGAGGCAACAUUGGCAACUCCAAAGUCCUCAACGCCGAGACGGGCGAUGACUUACUCCAACAAACCAGCAUGGGAACAGGCGGGUACGCGCUCACCGUCACGCUGUUCAGCAUCGCCUAUGCGCUGUUCGAGGUCCCGAGUAAUUAUGUAAUGAAGCAUUGGGUACGGCCGAGUCUGUGGUUGGGAUUUUUGCUUGCGGCGUGGGGGGUGUUGACUAUAGGAUUCGCAGGCGUGCAGAACUUCGCGGCUGUCGUGGUGCUGAGAUUUCUCAUUGGGGUAUUCGAGGCAGGAUUCUUUCCUGGCAUCGUCUAUCUCAUUACUAUCUGGUACCGCCACGACGAGCGCGCCGUGCGCAUCGCACUCGUCAUCGCGUUCUGCAAUCUCGCUGGCGCCUUUGGUGGCGCGAUCGCGUAUGGUGUUGGCCAUGUGAAUGGAGCUGCUGGGCUAGAGGGGUUUAGGUGGUUGUUUAUCAUCGAGGGCAUCAUAACCGUCCUCUCCGCCUUCCUGGUCUGGUUCUUCCUCCCAGACUACCCAACGCGCGCACACUGGCUGUCCGCAACAGAGAAAAAGCUGUCUAUCGAGCGCGUCGCUGCCCGCGGCGGUGGUUACCACCAAUCCUCCGCCUCCCGCCACGAAGUCCUCGCCACCUGCUUCCACCCCCGCAUGCUCCUCCACUACACCGCCUACAUCCUCGACGUCGUCCCGCAGGGCUCCUUCACAUUUUUCACCCCUACAAUCGUCACCGGCCUCGGCUACACCUCCAUCCACGCGCAGCUCCUCACCGUGCCCCCCUGGUGCGUCGGCUUCGUCGUCGCCAUCACGGCGUCUUACCUCUCUGACCGGUUUAACGCGCGCGGCGCUAUUAUCGUUAUUCUUUCUACGCUUGGCGGAGUGGGCUGGUUGACGGCCGGUCUGCUCCCUGCGACGUCGUACGUUGCGAGGUAUGGAUGUCUGUGUCUCGCGGCGGUGGGCGCGUUCCCUGCGGCGCCGUCACUGACAAAUUGGGUCACGUGCAACACGCCGUCCUUCCUCACCAUACCCUUGGCUAUUGCGUUGAACAAUAGCUGCGCUGGCUUGGGGCAGAUUAUCGCGCAGUGGAUCUGGCGCGCGGACGAGGUGGGGACGGGGUAUCCGACGGGGAAUUUUGUGUGUGCGGGGUGUAGUUUUGCGGUAGCGGUGAUUGCAGUCGUGCUGAGUGUGUGGUAUGGUAGGAUGAACAAGCUAGGACAGCUUGAUGCGGGAUUGGCGGAGAGGGCGUGGGCUUAUUAGGAGGAUGGGCGAAGAAGAGGAACAGUGAGAUGUGU